AUGGUCGCUUUGUUCUAUGUUGCAAGUUGCAACAAUGGUGGGUAUGAUGCAGAUGUUGAUGAGACACAGACAGAGACAGAGGGGACUCUAAUUCAAGAAGGUCAUGGUAGAAGGCCAAACAUAGAACUAACUUUGGAAGAAAAGAGACAACUAGUUGAUGAAAUCUUGGUGAACAUGGAAGGGGACUCAUUAUCAUUUGGAUUUCUAUCCAAAAUGGCCAGAAAACACAAUAUUCAUAGAUCAACAACAACUAGAUGGUUCCAGGUAAUUAAAAACCAUUUAGGGGAGGAGACUGCUAUUGAUGUGAGGACCAAAAAAUUAGGACAGACUAGGCCUAAACCCAAAGAAUAUUCUGAUGAGUGGUUAGUGUCUGUUCCUCUGUAUAAGAGGACCACUGAAAGAAGCUAUGUUGUUGCCCUUCAUGUGUCUUCCUUAGUGAUACACAGAUUAAAGAAAAAAGGCAGACUUAGAACACACACAUCAAGUAAUCACCCAGCACUGACAGACAAUCACAAAAUAGCAAGACUUAAGUGGGUUUUAAGCUAUGUUCACCUUGUUCCAUCUGUUGGGAACCCAACUUUCAGAGAUAUGAAGCACACAAUUCAUAUUGAUGAAAAGUGGUUCUACUUGAACCCAGAAACAAGAACAUUUUAUUUGCUACCAAAUGAAGACAACCCAUAUAGAGCUUAA